GCAUUCCUCUUGUGGAGGUGAGGUGGGGUGGGCAGUCAACCGACUCAACCCUGCCCAAAGAACAGAGAAAAAAAUACUAGUAAUCGAUAAGCGAUGAGGAGAAGAAGAGAGAGACAGGCAGAGCUUCGUUUCAUAGCUCCCCUUCCUUAAAUUCCUAGCUUGCCCUCCCCAUUUCUUCUCCUUCCAUCUCCAUCCCCAUCACCAUCCAUUCAUCCCCUCCCCCUGCCUACCAGCAGUGAGCCCCCAAAUCUCUCUACUCUCCCUUUCUUUCUCCUCCCGUACCCUCACAGUCUACACCAGUUACUACUCAUCACAAGACAGGAGCCAGCCCGGCCAGCCAGGAGUGCAGAAUUAUAAGCUACCACAAAAGUUUUCCCAAUAUUUUUUGAGAGGGGGCAAGUGUUGUGGUUGUGUACACACAAGCAGUAGGGAGAGGAGAGGAGAGGGGAGUGAGGUCUAUAAGAACUAGUUAAAAAAAUUAUAGUAUUGGUGGUAUUGGAACUUGGAAGAAGAAGGCAGAGAGAGGGGGAAGGAAGAGGCUUCUCAAUUCAUCUCUUCCUCCUCUGGUUCGGUUCGGAGAGUGCCCUUCCCUUUUGUCCCUAUCAAACCCUUUCUCUCUCUCUCUCGUAUUGUUUUCUCUCCCAAAUCUUUUCUCCUUUCUAAACCCCCAAAAACCUCCACGAAACACCGUACCAACCCUCCGCGCGUCCAUGGACGGGCCCCCGCGCCCGCCGCCGUCCAAUGCGCUGCACCGAUCGCCGUCGACGCCCGCCGCCGGGGAUCUCCGGUAUUAGUCCUGGGCGGUCAAGAAUUCCACGGCGCCACCGGGAUAUUGGAUUGGCGGUUCGGUGACCAGAAAGCUGGUUCCUUUUUUCUCGCCGCCCGGCGCGAUCGGUCGGUUGGUUCGCCGAUCGUUGGUUCGUCCGUUCGUUCCUUAAUGGGCGGCGAGGCGAUCGGCCCGGUUGGCAUGUCGACGACGGCGGCGGCGAAGGAGGAGCAGGCCGCACCGGCGGCGGGGGGAGGACCGGCGGCAAUGGGCAGCGAAGAGGCGGCGGCGCGGGCGGCGCAGAAGCGGUACGAGGGCCUCCUCACUGUGCGGGCCAAGGCGAUCAAGGGCAAGGGCGCCUGGUACUGGGCGCACCUCGAGCCCGUCCUCAUCCCGCCUGCUGACACCGGCAUGCCGCCCAAGGCCGUCAAGCUCCGCUGCGCCCUCUGCUCCGCCGUCUUCUCCGCUUCCAAUCCGUCCCGGACGGCGUCCGAGCACCUCAAGCGCGGUACAUGCCCCAACUUCGCCGCCCCGCCCCCCGGCGCGUCGGGCUCGCAGCCGCCGCCGCCGCAGGCAACGGCGCAGCCCUUGCCGUCCAACUCGACGGCGUCAUCCCCUAUCCCCAUCUCGUCCAUUGCGCCCUCCUCGCCGCUCCACCACCUCCACCACUCCAACCCGCUCCACUACCACGCGCAGCCUCAGCAUCAACACCACCACUCUGGCAGCCGCAAGCGACACUCCAUGCCUCCAGCGUACACGGCCGUGGAGCCCGUAUCCCACCAUCACCACCUUGUCGUCGUCGACCCGUCGUCGGGCUACCCCCCGGCGCUGCCCGCGCCGCCGCAGCAGCAGUCGGCGCUCGUGCUCUCCGGCGGAAAGGAGGACCUCGGCGCGCUUGCCAUGCUCGAGGACAGCGUGAAGCGGCUCAAGUCACCCAAGGCGUCGCCGGGGGCGAUGUUGCCGAAGCCGCAGGCUGACGCGGCGCUUGCCCUGCUCGCCGACUGGUUCCUCGAGUCGUCGGGCGCCGUAUCGCUCUCCGCCGCCAGCAACCCAAAGCUCCGGGCCUUCCUGCGCCAGGUCGGGCUGCCGGACCUGCAGCGAGCCGGUCUCGCCGGUCCGCGCCUCAACGCCCGCUUCGCCGAGGCCCGCGCUGACGCCACCGCGCGCGUACGCGACGCGCUCUUCUUCCAGCUCGCCGCCGAUGGAUGGCGGGAGCAGGUGGUCACUCUCUCUGUCAACCUCCCCAAUGGCACGUCCGUGUUCCACCGCGCUGUGCCGGUGCCUGCUGUGGCGCCCUCGGACUACGCUGAGGAGUUGUUGCUCGACGCCGUGGCGUCUGUGUCUGCCUCUGGCUCCUCCAACGACGUGCACCGUUGCGCGGGCAUCGUCGCCGACCGCUUCAAAUCAAAGGCCCUGCGUGAUCUUGAGAAUAAGCACCAUUGGAUGGUGAACCUGUCUUGCCAAAUCCAUGGCUUCACCCGUUUGGCGAGGGACUUUGCGCGGGAGCUCCCACUCUUCCGCUCUACCGCAGCUAAGUCUGCCAAGCUUGCUGCCUACUGCAAUGCCAAGCAAACGGUGCGGUCCCUGCUGCACAAGCAUCAAAUCCAUGAGCUCGGGCAUGCCUCGCUCCUUCGCGUCGCACAUGUGCCGUUUAACGGCAAUGGCAGCAACUUCCGUGCAGCCUUUGAGAUGUUAGGGGAUAUUUUGAUCUCAGCACGCUCUCUCCGGCUUACUGUGAUGGAGGAGUCCUACAAGCUGGUGUGCAUCGAUGACUCAGUUGCGAGGGAGAUGGGGGACAUAGUGCAAACUGCGGCUUUCUGGACAGAGGUGAAGGCUGUGCAUUCCCUCGUGAAGCUGAUCAUGGACAUGGUGAAGGAGAUGGAGGCUGACAGGCCUCUUGUUGGGCAAUGCCUGCCACUCUGGGAGGACUUACGUAGCAAGGUUAGAGAUUGGUGUGAUAAAUUUGAAAUUGAUGAAGGCACUGUUCUGAAUGUGGUUGAGAAAAGGUUCAUGAAAAACUACCACCCAGCCUGGUCUGCCGCGUUCAUAUUGGAUCCCCUCUACCUUGUCAAGGAUGCCAGUGGGCGUUAUCUUCCUCCAUUCAAGUGCUUGACGCCUGAUCAGGAGAAGGACGUGGACAGGCUGAUCACCAGAAUGGUGUCGCGGGAGGAGGCGCACCUUGCUCUGAUGGAGCUGAUGAAAUGGCGGUCGGAUGGGUUGGACCCAUUGUAUGCGCAAGCUGUGCAGGUGAGGCAGCCUGACCCAUCCACAGGGAAGAUGAAGGUUGCGAAUAAGCAGAGCAGCAGACUUGUUUGGGAGACAUGCCUGAGCGAGCUCAAGUCGCUGGGCAAGGUUGCUGUGCGGCUCAUCUUCCUCCAUGCGACCUCCAGGGGAUUCAGGUGCUCACCGUCAAUGGUGCGCUGGCUGUCUGCUCCCGGGAGCAUGGGCAGUGGCACUGAUCGAGCGCACCGAUUGGUGUUUGUUGCUGCAAAUUCGAAGCUAGAGAGGAGGGACUUUUCAAGUGAUGAAGACAAGGAUGCAGAAUUGCUCGCUGAAGGGGAGGAUGAUGUGAUAAAUGAACCUGGCAUUGUGGAACCGUCAUCAGUGUAACAUCCCUUUUUAAUUGUUUCUUCUUUAUUUUUAUUAGCAUUUUGUAGAAUUUGAUCCCUAGGAAUUGCUAGAUUUUUUCUCACCCUACUUUUUAUUUGGUUUCUAGAAUCUCUUCCUUGUGCCCAUGUUGUUAAUUUUUACUUCCUCGCUCUAGAUUUUGGUGGGGUGGGGAGUGGGGGCAUGAGAUGGAGAUAUGCAUCCUUCGAUCGUCAAGUUUGGUUAGCGAAUGACUGUCUCUUGCCAUAUUUGAUUGUGAUUCUAUGGGGCCAAUGAACAUGCAGAGGGAGAUUAAUGGAA